AUGUCGGCACGGACUUCGCUUCGGCCCAGCCUGCCCUGCCAGCUCCGACCCGCCCGGGGUGUGACCCCCCCAGCCAGCAUGCGGCGCCUACAGGCCUGCCCCGCUCUUCAGAGCGGCCACUGCAGCCACCGCCUUUGCUGUCAGCGAAGAUUAAAGGUUCCGCCCAGGGAUCCUCAGCAACAGACCCGGAAACACAGACAAGAUCAGCAGCUUCCACCGAGGCUUUGGGCACCCGGCCUCUGGCGAGGAAGGGGAAGAGUUUUUCCACAGCCCUCAGUCGCUCGUCGGGGCAAGCAGCUCUGGAGGAAGAACCUGGGUCUCCUCAGAAGAAUAAUCUGUCAGGAAAGUACUAAAUUCAAGAAUGUUUGGACAACUCAUUCUGCAUCUCCUAUUGCGUAUGAAAGAGGAAGAAUUUACUUAGAUAAUUACCAGUGCUGUAUUAGCAGCAUUGCACAAGAGCCAAGAAUACUUUAUGAAAAGCCAAAGUGUUCUAAGUCAGAAAAAAUAGAAGAUGCUUUAUUAUUGGAAUGCCCACUGGGGGAAAUGCUGCCAAGUCCAUCAGACUAUAAAUCUUCUCUGAUAGUCUUGACAGUGCAGAACUGGCUUCUACGUCUCUCUGCUGAUAGUGGAGAAAUACUGGAAAAAAUAUACCUUGCCGGUUCCUGUUGCAAAUUCAGGUAUCUGAGCUGGGAUACUCCUCAAGAGGUAAUGGUUGUAAAGUCAGCUCAGAAUAAGCUCCCUGCAGCAGCACGGCAGGCAGGUAUCCAACAGUCUGUAUUGUUCUAUCUUGCUGUAUUCCAAGUCUUGCCUCUUUCAUUCAUUGGAAUGCUAGAAAUAAACAAAAAGAUAUUUGGUAAUAGUGUGACAGAUGUUGCUGUUUCUAAUGGAAUCCUGAUUGUAAUGUACAGCAUGGGUCUAGUCAGGCUCUAUAACUUCCAGGCCAUCUUGGAACAGUUCAUGGAGCAGCCUUUUGAUUUGGGACAUGAAUUCAACUGGAGAGGUCAAGUGGGAGUUGUAGGAAAGUAUCCAUUUGGUCUUCCAUGUAACAUUAAAAUAACAGAUACCCCACCUUUGCUAUUUGAAGCAUCUUCUCUGGAGAAUACAUUUCAAAUUGGAGGUUACCCUUGGCAUUAUAUCAUCACACCUAACAAGAAAAAGCAUAAAGGAGUCUUCCAUAUUUGUUCUCUGAAAGACAAUGCUUUGGCAAAAAAUGGCAUACAGGAUAUGAAGUGCUGUUCACUGGAACCUGAUUGGAUAUAUUUCCAUCCAGAUAUGUCAGGUAGAAUAAUCCACGUGGGACCAAAUUUGAUAAAAGUCUUGAAGCUUAAGGAAUUUAAAAAUAAUACAGAUCAAAUGGAGAUUGCAGAAGAUUUUACAAUUGUGGCCAACAGGGAAAACUGUGUGAACAAUGCUGUUACUGUAACAGCUUCUGGUCGAGUGGUGAAAAAGCGUUUUAACUUGCUGGAUGAUGACCCAGAACAAGAGACAUUCAAAAUCGUGGACUAUGAAGACGAAUUGGAUUUGUUAUCCACUGUGGCAGUUACUCAAAUAGGAGCUGAUGGAAAAGCGCACCUUGACUUUCACUGUAAUGAACACGGGAUUCUACUUAAGAGUAUUCCAUUACUGGAGUCCUGGGACGUGACUUACAGUCAUGAAGUUUACUUUGAUAAAGACCUUGUAUUACAUAUAGAACAGAAGCCUAACAGGAGGUUCAGUUGUUACGUUUACCAAAUGGUCUGUGAUACUGCAAAAGAUGAUGAAUGUUCAAGCCAUGAAAAAACAGAAAGAGCGUUUUGUAAAAAAGGAGGGAGAAUUUUUGAAUGUUUUUAAGACAAACAACAACUACAGAGACUUCGGUUUGGAUGUUAUUUAAGGACUUCAUACGUAUGAAUUAGUCAACUAUUGUUUUUCAGGCAGGAUUUAAUCUUAACAUUUUGUACUACUACAUUGAGGUUUUAUUUCUUUUUUUCUCUGUAACAUUGUACACUUGUCU